AUGGAUAAUGGUUGCUUCUCUACGCCGAGGCGCGAUUUUCCUGCUGGUUUACGAGUUCUUGUCGUCGAUGAUGAUCCAACUUGGCUUAAGAUCCUUGAAAAGAUGCUCAAAAAGUGUAAUUAUGAAGUGACCACAUGUUGCUUAGCAAGACAAGCUCUAAACUUGCUUCGCGAAAGGAAAGACGGGUAUGAUAUAGUCAUCAGCGAUGUAAACAUGCCUGACAUGGACGGUUUCAAGCUUCUCGAGCAUGUUGGACUUGAGAUGGAUCUUCCUGUCAUUAUGAUGUCUGUGGAUGGAGAAACAAGCAGGGUGAUGAAAGGCGUUCAACAUGGAGCAUGCGAUUAUCUUCUUAAGCCUAUAAGGAUGAAAGAGCUGCGAAACAUAUGGCAACAUGUGUUCAGAAAAAGGAUACAUGAGGUUAGAGAAUUUGAAAAUUUCGAGAGUUUUGAGAGCAUGCACUUGAUGAGAAACGGAUCGGAUAUGUCUGAGGAGGGGAACAUGUUUGCGUUAGAAGAUAUGACAACGAAGAAGCGCAAAGAUGUAGAUAGCAAACACGACGACAGAGAAUUUUUGGAUUCGUCUUCCUCGAAGAAAGCUAGAGUAGUUUGGUCUGUAGAUCUUCAUCAGAAGUUUGUUAAAGCAGUGAAUCAGAUUGGAUUUGAUAAAGUUGGUCCCAAGAAAAUACUAGAUUUGAUGAAUGUUCCAUGGCUGAGUAGAGAGAAUGUUGCUAGCCACUUGCAGAAAUACCGGCUUUACUUGAGCAGGCUUCAGAAAGAUAAUGAACAAAAAUCUUCGUCAAGUGGAAUGAAGCAUUCCGAUUUACCUUUAAAAGACGUAGGAAGUUUUGGUUUUCAGAACUCGGCCGAGAAGCAACAAAACGACACUUCAAUUGAUCGAUACAACUAUUCAGAAGGAACGUUACAACAUCAGAACAUGGAAACUAAAAGUCACGAGAGUAAUCCCAAAGGAAUUGUUCCACAUUCCACCACGGCAGAGAAAGUAAAAGCUUUUGUCCCUCUUGAAUCAGAAGGAAAACAUGCAGCAUUCCAAAGCACCAUGUCGACGACACAGUAUUCUUGGACUGAAAUUCCGAAAACACAGCUAAAAAAAGAACAAAAGCCACUUGUUCAUCCAGAGGAUAACUUCAACCUAUUGCCCUUACAUGGUAAGCAGCACAACAUUCAAGUUGAUCAAUCACAGUCAAUUGCUUCAAUUAGUUCCACUCCCUCUAUGGCGAAGCAAGAUGUUACUGCUUGUAUAGAAACAAAACCAAGAUUUUCUGAUUACAAGAAAGACUACACUAGUUCAGUGAGUUCGAUGAGAAGUUCAGUUGACACCUUUCCUUUCCAACCCGGAAACCUGAUGAUGAAUUAUCAACCUUCACAACCCACUUCAACCACAAACAUCGGCUUAAAAACACAGUCAUACAAUAAUCUCAGUUGCAUUUCUGAUCUAGAGUCUUACCAAAGAAACCUACUUUUUGGAGGUGAAGCUGCUUCUGCCGCGCCUUUGGACGAAGACCUAUAUUUCUAUUGGCAUAAUAUGAACUUCGGUCAGCAGAAUAUUGAGAUGCCUGAGUAUUAUGAUCCAGGGCCUCUCACAGAAAUUCCAAACCACUUAUAUGAAUCAGCAGAUUAUUCAGUAAUUGAUCAAGGUCUAUUCAUAGCAUGA